AUGGACGGUGUAGCAGUCUCCGCAACGGCCAGCAGCGUCAUGCUGAAGAGUGAGGCCAAUUGGACUCACUGGAUCUCAUCGAUUGAGAACAUCGCUGACACGUAUCAUGUAUGGGACGUGUGCGACCCCGAAUUGCCAGAAGAACAAGUGCAAUUCAACCUGAUCGUCAAGCCCGUACGGCCACAUCGACCGCUGCACCCAAGCAGGGUCCCUGGUGCGCAGCCGGACGAGGCUGACGACCCCCCAGACGUGAAAAAGUCACGUAAGAUUGCCAACGCAGCCUGGAGAUAUUACCAGGAUGAAUUGGAUGAGUAUGAUCGUGAUUAUAAGGCUUGGAUUCAGCAAGAUACUAGCCUAAUCGCUAUUGGCAACCAGAUCAUCGCAAGACUGGAUGUUUCACACCAUACCCUUAUCAAUGGCGCCGGCUUCAGCUCACCAUACGCGAAGCUAGUGAAAUUGAAAGAGAUUUUCGGUCGUAUAAGUGCAAGACCGUAUGAAUCAUGGUGUAAGUGGUCAUGUAUGAAGAUGGUUGGACCCCCUAAGAGAGCUAUGGGACUGCAAGCCUUUGAUAGGUGGUAUGAGGCCUGGAAUAAGCAGAGGAUAGAAGUUAUUGGUUAUAAAAUAGAGACCAAGGAGCUCCAUCCACUGGCUUUUAUCCAUGCUGUGAAGGAUGUCGAUCGUAUCUGGUGGCAGAGCAGAUUCGAAGACGUGCGGGAUAAUUACAAGGCCCAUACUGUCGAGAAUUUGGCGGCAAGCUUGCGUGCUACGCUCGCUGAGUAUCACCAGACGACAUCCUCAACAUCUCCAUCGCAAGCGGCGUUCGCAAUGAAUGAACCAAUACUGCAAGGCCAGACCCAACAACAGAAGAAAAGAACCGACCAGCCUAGUAACAAGACAGGGCAGUCGGGUAAUGCAACAAAACAAUCAGAGAAUAAACAGCAGCUCUCAGAGCAAAAGCCAAAGAGGUAUAGCCUAUGCCCGUGCGGUCGUGGUACUUAUCGAUGGUAUAAAUGUUGGGAUAUCAGACCUGAAAUCCGCCCGGAAGGCUACAUUCCCACCAAAGAAGGAGUUGAGAAUGUACGCAAGGCCAUGGAAAAGGAUCCUGAACUCAAGAAGGGGAUUGAAAACAUGCUUGGAGAUGCUAUGAAGGAUGUCUUUAUGACUGUAACGUCGGUGGAGCCGAUCACAUACGAAGACAUCAGUAUCCACUCAGCAUUCCACACUUCUGCAGGCAACGACAUCAAGGACCAAUGGGUGAUUGACUCUGGCUCUUCUGUCCAUGUCUGUAAUGAUAAAACUCGAUUUAUGGAUUUUGAGGAGGCCACUAUAUGCCUGCGAACAGGCAAUGGCUAUACACCAGCAGUUGGACGUGGUACAGUAUGGUUUAUUGGAAUGGACCUAGUGAUAGGGAACCAUUGCUUUAUACGUGAUGGACAGCUGAUGUUCGCCAUAUACCGUGAUAAAGAGCAAGGACUGUAUCUCUGUCACACCCCAUCUACAGAUCCGCGAGUAUUUGAGAAAUAUGCUAUGAGCAUGUGUGGCGGAGCUGCUGAGGUGUGGCACCGACGACUAGGUCAUGUCUAUCGCGAAUCGAUAAGCAUGCUACCACAAUUUGUCGACGGUGUAUGUGUUGAUGAGAAUAAGGACAAGAUUAAUAGUGUCACCAGUAGCUUAACAAUGUGCGAGAUCUGUCAGCUGGCUAAGGCGCAGCGUCAAAUAUCAUGUCGAACUAUUGGAAAACACUAUGGACCGCUUGGAAGAGUCUAUUUUGAUCUGAUUCAAAUGCCAGCAGGCUAUAAUCGACAUCAAUGGAUUACUCACUUCUAUGUUGAGGGUAUACGGUUUCAUUGGAGCAAGACAUAUAAGUUCAAGAGCGAGGUUCAAGACUGUAUACAAGAGUUUUAUACAUUCGCCAUCAAGUGGCUGAAUAUGCCUAUACGAGUGUGGCACUCAGACAACGAGAGAUCAGUUGACGAGAAUACACUACGUUACCUAACGUUCAUGGGCUUUAUACACACGUUCACAGUACCGUACUCGCCAAUAAUAAAUGGACCAGCUGAACGAUCAGGAGGCGUUAUAAUAAUAUUCACAAGAUGCCUCCUGAUAGAGGGGAAACUCCCAAAACAACUAUGGCCCGAGGCAAAGGCGACAGCAGUAUACUUGCUGAAUCGUACACCAACAAAGCUUGAUAAUGGCUUAUGGAUUAUUCCAUGGGAGCUUGCACAUAGCUUUGUGGCGCCAGCAGAGAGAACGAAGGUGAACAUUGCAAAUGUCAAGAUAUAUGGAUCGUUAGUGUACUGCAGGAUAGCGCCUGAGAGCGUGGAGGGUUAUGACAAGAAGCUUGAUUCAAGAGUAGAAGUAGGCUUUCUUGUGGGCUAUGUAGCUUCAAAUAUGUGGAAGAUAUGGUUCCCACAUAGGAAGAUACAUAACAGCAAGUUUAUGGGCAAGGUUGAAUACGUACGUGACGCUGUGUUCGAUGAAACACGACGUUAUCACCCUGGACUGCCAAGAUAUCAGCCUGUUGCUAUGCCAGAACAACUGCCUGAGGCGACAGUGGUUUUAACAGAUGAAUACUUAGCCGUGCUGAGGCAGGGGCUGGAUGAAUCUCUCGGUGUGCGACAGAGACAAGAUCAGCGCCAGCAACAUGAGGAUCCACUGAAUAGAGAUGAUAGGACCGGACAGCAGCGAAGUAUACCGCAAUCUAGCGUAACGGAAUAUCCUAUAGUUGCUAGCGAGCCUGCUAGGACUAGGGAUAACGUUAGUAAGCAAGCCCUAGCGAGAGAUGAGAGCCAAAACGAAGUUCAAGAUCAGGUGAUAUAUAGGUCAGAUAAUCUAUUCCGGCUAGGCCAAUCAGAGGCUACCGUUUAUAGUAAGUUGCAAUCAACAGAACUCAGCAAAACUGGACCACUAUCAUCACCUGAUCCCUCGAUAUCUCAGGGGCUUGAUCAAGCGACUCCAGCACGUAACCAAGGGCUUGGCCAUGACUAUUUUGAACGUUCAAAGACGCCUGUAGCCACACCGUCAGCAAUACCUGGAGCUUUCCCUGAAGUUACAUCAACUACACCACCGUACACACCUGCGCAGACGUCACCACCACCAGAGAACGCUACAGCGACAUCAGGAGAUACUGUGGUGAUCUCAAGGGACGCUAUAGUGACUCCAGAACGAACGUCGUUAACUCAGGAAGGUGUUGAUUUUCUUCGUGAUCGACCAAUACCACGUCAGACCAAUAUUCGAGUGGAUCCAGUUCCAUUUCCCAUCAGACAGCAACGAUACAGUACAGGGGUAGACCGUGUAGACGUUGACCGUGCAGACGUCGACCCAGCUCAUAUCAUUGAGGGGAAGAGGAAACAUGUGCAGAAGCGUGAUCCAAGCUAUCAAUACGCUAAUAUAGUAAUGGAAGAUCAUGAUGUAGUGAUGACAGACCUUGAUAUGGCCAUGAUGGACAUAAGUAUGAUAGAUUCGGAUAUAAUGGCUCCAGAACCAGCAGAGUUCUUGCAAGCUUUUGCAACCAAUAUGUUUACAAAGCAGAACAAGCAACAUCAAGACGAACUCCCACCGCCGCCUAGGUUCUAUAAGGAUGUGUUUAAGCACAUGUAUAGGGACGCAUGGAUCACCGCGAUGAGAAAAGAAUUGGACUCGUUAGAGAAAAUGGGGACCGCGGAGAUCGUUGACCGUCCAAAGGACCGUGGACUGCAAGUAUUACCGCUGAUGUGGGUGUUUACCUACAAAUUUGAUACGAAUGGUUUUCUUUUGAAGCAUAAGGCAAGAAUAUGUGUGCGUGGAGACCUACAAACUGUGUUAACUGAAGAGAAGAAGGCUGCAACGUUAGCAGCACGUACAGCGAGAAUGUUGUUCGUACUUGUGGCUGCGUACGAUCUCGAUUUAGUACAGCUUGAUGCUGUGAACGCGUUCCUAAACUUACCGAUAGGCGAUGAUGUCUAUGUUGCACUCCCUGAAGGGAGACUGCUUAAAGCACUAUAUGGCUUGAGAGUUACGCCGAAACUGUGGCAAAAGGAAGCAUCACGAGUGCUGUUGUCCCUAGGACUAUACCAGGUAGCAGAGGAUCCCUGUGUGUUCGUCACAGACGGUCUGAUUGUGUUCUUCUACGUUGAUGACAUUCUGAUUACGUUAAGAAAAGAAUCCAAAGAUAACGCAAGGAGGCUACAUGAUCUACUCAAUAAGCAGUGGCAAUUGACCGAUCAUGGGGAGGCAGAAUGGUUCCUGAACAUCAGGAUUAUACGCAAUAGAAAGGCAAGAAAACUUUGGCUCGUUCAGGAUAGUAACAUCACAGCAAUAGCAGUCAAGUUUAACCUCACAGACCAUGUUGUGAAGUUCCCUGGACGGCCAGGAAACCUAGAGCCAUACGCAUUAAUGGCGUCGCCAGCGUCGAUAAAAGAGUAUCAACAGAAGGUUGGAUCAGUGAACUUUCCCACGACAAUGACUCGUCCAGACGCGUCGAAGAUGGCCUCGGUUGUAGCCCAAUUCAUGACGAAUCCAGGGCCAGAUCACCAUGCUGCCGUUGAUCAUCUGAUUCGAUACUUAUAUACCACCAGAUUCCUUGCAAUCGAGUACAGUGCGACAGAACCAGCUGUUAUGGUGUCUACUGACGCUUUAUAUGGUGACCACGCUGAUCGAAAGAGCUCAUCUGGAUAUAUUUGUCAGAUAUUUGGUGGACCAGUGGACUGGAAAGCGUCCAAGCAACGUACAUGGCAACGACUAUUCGAACGGAUUCAGUUCAAUCCCGGUGGCCCUAUCACUAUGAGAUGUGAUAACCAACGGACGGUGAACCUGAUCACAUCCGAACUGCCGUUGGACACAAAAUUGAGACAUGUCGAUAUUCAAGGACAUUGGGUACGCCAAGAGGUGCAAGCUGGACGGCUGCACGUUGAAUGGGUACCUACGAACGAUAUGGUUGCUGAUGGAUUGACGAAGAUCCUGCCCAGGCAGAAACACGAGAACUUUUUACGUCUCCUGAGGCUCAAGGAUGUCGAAGACCUGAUCGACAGUGACCCUGAAGAGUGA